CAACAACGAUCACAUGGAGUAUACAUGAUUUAAUUAAAUCCGCAUGCUUGCUAGAAGUUCCCCCAAGGACUGUGACCUUUGAUGAUGAGCAGGAGAUGAGGAGGGUCUACACUCUAAUUUAUGACACCUUCCGUUAUAAAGGAAUUCUCAAUCAGGCCUUAAACGAUGUUUCCUUCUAUCAAUUAUACAAUAAUAUGCAACAUUGCACCACAGCGAUAUGGUUGUUAUUUUUUGAUUUGUACCAUCGAAGUUUUAAAAAACGAGAUUCUACCGUUAUCGAGCAAGCGACUGAACUACUUACUUCUAUUGGCAUCAUCCACAUUGAAAACGCUCUGUGGGAACAACGUAUAAAACUGGCAGCGGCGAUUGCAAAGUUACGUAUCAAAAACAGCGCCCUUAGCUUAAAUGAUCUUCUACCGAAACACUUAAGGGACGAGAGGGUCUCCAAUGGAUUCGACCAUAAUGCUGUGACUUGUUGGAUAAAUCCCAAUAAAAUCAAGAACGAAAAUGAAGUGAUCAGCGUUUUAGAAAAGGCCUUGUGUCUAAGGAGUAUUGAUUUUAAUGCAAGUCUUUCACCAAAUUCCUAUAAAUGGGAUCAGUUGUGUCCAAAUUUUCUCACUUUCCAUCACUCUUUACGUUCAAUUCUGGCUCGCAGUUACCUGGUACAAAAGCACAAACUAAUUGUACAGGUAUAUUUUAAGAUCGCUUUCGAGCACUUUAAAAUAAGGUUCUUUUUGUGCGUACGCUACCUUUGCUGUCCAUUCUUAUAACGUUUACCUACCUGAUGUUAAGGGCGCGCUAUCAGUAUUGUGUGUUGCCUAUCUCACAAUAGCUUUCUUAUGGGAAACAUGCCUAACGUAAUUCAUACCGUUUUU